GGACGCGGCUCCCGCCGGCCCUGGAUGAGCCGCCGGAGACGGCGCUCCGCCACUUUCCUCCGGCUCUUCUUCGGGAAACUGUCCCCCGCCCGCCCGCCCGCUCCCCGCGCUUUCUUCGGCCAGCUAAGCCCGCGGCAGUUGGGCUGAGGGGUGUUGGCGGCGGCGGCGGCGGCGGCGGCGGCGCAGGAGCAGCUUCGGACCCGGAGCCAUGUCGAUGCUGCCGUCCUUCGGCUUCACGCAGGAGCAAGUGGCGUGCGUCUGCGAGGUCUUGCAGCAGGGCGGCAACCUGGAGCGGCUGGGCAGGUUCCUCUGGUCGCUGCCCGCGUGCGACCACUUGCACAAGAACGAGAGCGUCCUGAAAGCCAAGGCAGUGGUGGCCUUUCACCGGGGCAACUUCCGCGAGCUCUACAAGAUCCUGGAGAGCCACCAGUUCUCGCCGCACAACCACCCCAAACUCCAGCAGCUCUGGCUCAAGGCGCACUACGUGGAGGCCGAGAAGCUGCGGGGCCGACCGCUGGGUGCCGUCGGCAAGUACCGCGUGCGGCGGAAAUUCCCUUUGCCCAGGACUAUCUGGGACGGCGAGGAGACCAGCUACUGCUUCAAGGAGAAGUCCCGGGGCGUCCUGCGGGAGUGGUACGCUCACAAUCCUUACCCGUCGCCCCGGGAGAAGAGGGAGUUGGCCGAAGCCACGGGCCUCACCACCACCCAGGUUAGCAACUGGUUUAAAAACCGGAGGCAGCGCGACCGAGCGGCAGAGGCGAAAGAGAGAGAAAACACUGAAAACAACAAUACAUCUACCAACAAACAGAACCAGCUGUCUCCUCUGGAUGCGGCCAAGCCACUCAUCUCCAGUUCCGAAGAGGAGUUUUCACCUCCCCAAAGUCCGGAUCAGAACUCCAUUCUCCUGCUCCAGGGCAACCUGAGCCAUGCCAGGAACUCCAGCUAUUCCUUGACCGGCUUAACUGCCUCACAGCCAGCCCACGGCCUCCAGCCUCACCAACAUCAGCUGCAGGAAUCCCUCCUAGGCCCUCUCACCUCCAGCUUGGUGGACCUGGGCUCAUGAGUUUGUCCCCCCACGCAAGGUGGGGCCUGUAAAUAAGGGAACUGUGUCAUACAUUUUUUUUUCCUCCCCGUCCCCACAACCCUAAUUUUGUUUUAGUUUUAUUUUUUUCAGAAUGUUCCUGGUGAUUUUUAAAAUGACUUUUAAAAAUCGCUUCUGUAUCAUCCCGUUUCCAUUUCUCUUGAUGCAACACCUCUCUGGCGAAACCAUCUUAUGGGUAGCCAAACACAGAGAGAACAUCCACCCUUCAAUGCAUUUGUGGGGCAACCCUGGGUGACAUCCCUCCAUGGCAUCCUUUCCCACUUACUUAAUCUUUCCUGAGUUGGAAUGACAGGUUGUUGCAUUUUACUUAAAAGGACAAGGAGCAUCACCAAGCCAGGUUAAGCACUUAGAUUCCAUCACUUUCAAAGAGAGAUUUGAGCACUGUGGAUUUUAACUUGGACUGUGUCCUCUCUCUUGUUUUUGUUGCUGUAGAAGAGGACAAGAAGGCAAAUAUUUUAUAGCAGAAUCCUAAGCAUCCUUACUCAAAAAUAAGGCCCAUUAAAGUAAGUGAAGCUGACAAAGCAAAUCCAGGCAUGCUUCCUCAGAGGUUUGCUAAAUGGGGCUUGUAAUGCAGCUCAUACAGGAAGGGACCCUUACUUUUCACUGAGGACUUAGUGAUAUAUUUUAAUAGGUGGUGGUGGUGGGUUGAAUUUUGGCUUGAAUUUUGGGGGAAUAAAUAGAAGGUAUAAAGUACCAAAAAUUAAUUCUAAAAAAAAAGAUUUGGAGAGGGCAAAUUAAGUUUACAUUUUUUUUCUUUUUGGCCAGGUUUAGAUUUCUGAAAAGAUUUUGAAGUAGCUUUAAAAAAACAGGAAAAAUGAUGCAGUAUUAGCUGAAGAAUGUUAAGUGCCUAUGUCUUAAUGCAGAGGUGUGAGCCCUUUAUGUUAGAUUAAAAUUUUAUGAGAGUAAUUUCAUGUCAGUGAUUUUUCUGUUUACAGUGAAUUUUGGAAAUGAAUCUGUGUGAUUUUUUUUUUAUAAUAGCAACAACAAAAGUUGUUCCACUUACCUGGACAUCUUUCAAAAUCCAGACUCUUUUUCUAGGUUUUAUUUCUGUCUGUCUCUCUUUGUCCUUUUCCCAUAUAGUUUGGCUUGAGAAAUCAACUGGCAAUUUGAUUACCGCUAGUAGCAUGUGCUUUCAUUUCCAGGUUUCUUGUACCCACAGAAAUCUAAAUUAAACUUGAUAAGACUGAUAAAGACUC